AGGUGAUUAGGAAUAGACUUAAGACCACCUAAAGUCGCCAAAAGUCUUAUGCGGAUGUGAGGCGAAGGGAAUUGGAGUUUGAAGUUGGUGAUUGGGUGUUCUUAAAAGUUUCUCCUAUGAAGGAAGUAAUGCAAUUUGGAAGGGGAAGCUCAUUCCUCUUUAUGUCGGUCUGUAUCUAAUUUUGAGGAGAGUUAGGAAUGUUGCUUAUGCGUUGGAAUUGCCCGCGAGUUUGGCUUCUAUUCAUCCGAUGUUCCAUGUGUCGAAGAAGUGCGUGGGCGAUCCUUCUUUGAUUGUGCCUAUUGAGGAUAUUGGUAAUUUAGAUUCUUUGUCUUAUGGGGAAGUCCCGAUUGGGAUUUUAGAUAAGCAAGUUCGUAGGUUGAGGACCAAGGAUGUGGCUUCAGUGAAAGUCCUUUGGAGGAAUCAAAAGGUGGAAGAAGCUACUUGGGAAGUCGAAGAGGACAUGAUGUCCAAAUAUCCAUUCUUGUUCCCCACGUUGGAUGAAAUUGUUUGAGGUGAUUCUGGAGCUGCAGCUGCUUGUCCCUUUUGUAUAUUAGAGAAGCGAAUAGCUAGGUCUUUGAGUAUUGAUUCAGCUCUAGAUACUCCGUCCAAGAUUAAUAAUUGCUUAAAGAUUUCGCUCAGCAUUUUAGAGCUAGGUCAAGUGCUUGUCAUGUGGUGCUGAGUCAAAUAAGGUGGACGAGAUCACGGAUAUAAGUCUUGAUGUGUCGCACAGUAGCUCACUCAAAGAUGCUUUGCAGAAAUAUUUUCAGCCUGAGGUUUGGAUGGAAACAACAAGUACAAGUGCGAGAAAAAUUGGUGACAGCAAAGAAGCAAAUGUCAAUUCUUCAAGCACCAAAUGUUCUCGUCAUUCAGCUCAAGAGGUUUGAAGGAAUAUAUGGCGGGAUGAUUGAUAAGUCCAUUGCUUUUGAGGAGGUUCUAGUUCUUUCAAGCUACAUGUGCAAAGGGAGUCAGGAUCUGCAUCCAGAAUACAAUCUUUUUGGAACAAUUGUCCACUCAGGCUUUUCACCAGAUUCAGGGCACUAUUAUGCAUAUAUCAAGGAUGCUGUGGGUCGUUGGUACUGCUGUAAUGGUUCUUAUGUCUCUCUUUCAACCUUGCAAGAAGUUUUGUCGGAGAAGGUGUUCAUCCUUUUCUUCUCUCGUACCAAACAGAGGUCACCACCUACAAAGACAUGUUUAUCAACUAAUGGGUCAAAGUCCAAUCAUUCCAAAGGCCUGGCUAAAUCCAAAAUAUCGACCAGUGACUUUGCAAAAUCAGAAAAUGGAACACAAGUUUUAAGCCAUCCCCCCGAGAAACAAAAUGUAACGACAUCUAAGGUCAGUAAAAUGCAUUCAAGCCCAGUGAGGGAGUUGGGCAUAUUUGGAAGAUCUUCCUUCAAGAAGAUACCUACCUCUGGUAAUAUCAAAAUUGUUCUUCAUCAAAGAGAAUCUGGCAAUAGAACUGGUGAUGUUAGAGCAUCAGUUCUUACAGAGAAAGAUGGUACAUCAUUACCAGGCAGGAAUGGUGUUAGCAAAAGUUGUGAUAAUGGUCAAAUGAAAAUAUCACAUGCCUUGACGAAUGGAAAUGGAAAAUUUCCAAUUGUUGCAACCAGCUCUGUAGCAGACCGUCCCCAUAAAGAUUAUGGUGGAAGUAAUGGAAAGGCUGUAGAAAGGGAAUCAUGCCACAAAGAGGUGACUAGAUCAUCAUCCUUAGCAAAUGGAAAUGGCAAAAUCCAGAGUGUUGCAACUGAUACCCUGAGGGGAAGUCUGCAUAGAAAUAAUGGGGAGAAUAGUGUAAUCCCAGCAAUAAGUAUUUCUUUGUACAAGGAGCUAUCCAAUGGCCAUGUUGAAUCUUCUUCUAUCUCAGGUUCAAAGAGAAAAUCACCAGAUCAAUGCAUCCUGCUUGAGCAAGAUGCUCAGUCUCAUGCACAGGUGGAAGAAUUAAAAAAAGAGCUCCAUAAGGAAGCUUCAUUAGCUCUAAAAACAUGUGGUUGGUCAGAAGAAGUUUAUACUCUUAUGCGUUCGAAGAAGUUGGGGGCACAAUCAGACUUUCAAGCAUCAGACAUUAAUGCGAUGAAGAAGUUAUUGAUUGCAGAUGCCAAACCAAUGUUUAUCUCACGAAUUCCCAAAUCAUUGAAGAGCAGUCUUGUUGAACGCCUAACAUCAUUUAGUCAAGGAACACCACCCUCCAGUACCUAAGUGCACUAGGCAGAGUUAGAGUAGUCUUUUCAGGUUUUAAGGUGCAAGAUCAUGAUACCUGUCGCCUGUCGGUCUAGCAGCUGCCAUUGCUUGCGGUUCCAUUAUCUUUCACAUGAAUUAUACCUUAGUAAAUUUUCCAGUCCAUUGACAAUGGUGCUGAUUUAUUUGGCCUGUAUUCUUUGUCACUUGGAGAUGGGAUGUAUGUUUGUGGUAACUAGUAUCUUAUGUCACAUGGUGGAGAAGGCGGCAGAUGACUAUAAGUUGUCCUAGAGAACUUCACUCAGCUGUGAUAUGUUGCCAAAGUUGUUCAAUCAAAGUUAAAAGAGGAAACAAAGUAGCAACAUCAUAUUCUGUAGCAAUUUUCUUGAGAGGCAGGAGAGCCUAUAAAAGGAUGCGUAAAUUCCUUCCGUGCUGUAUUAUAUAUGCCCUUUUUGGCCGUAGUGUAGCAUGUAAUCCUCAUUUUAUGGAUGCUUACCAAUUUUUUUUUCCAUAAAAUUGUGGUCGGGAGAUUAGAGCUAUUACUUUUUGAACAUAAAUGCUAAUACCACCAUCAGAUGAUUGUUGAAGGAAUUCCGUAUUCAUAGAUUUGCAUCUGAGGCUUCUAGAAGAUACUGCUUUCUAUGUGUAUUGUAGGUGUUCCUUAUAUCAUUUCUGUUUUCACUUGAUAGGUAUUCCUCGAGGGAUUUGUUUAGGGAUGUGAAAAAAUCGA